AUGACCGACCAUCCUCUCGACCAAUUGAACCUCCAUGUCCCUGGCAGCGAAAGUGCCAACAGCACCGUGUGCAUCAAGAUGCGAGUCAAGUUCCGCCGGCUCCGGCGCUUCUUCAAAUCCAAGUCGAAGUCCAAGGAGGUCAAGCCUAUUCCCUCGAACCAGUCGCAGCACUCUCGACUCUCAUUCCAACAACCGACACGACCUUACUCUAUAAUCUCCAAAGCCAACAGCUUUCCUUCAGGCAACAGCCAGUCUACUUAUACCACCGACAACCAGCUUACUUCUCCUACAAGCGACAACCAGUCUACCCCUUCCACUACCGUGCAGGAGAAUGUACUCUCAGCACCCUUUUACAUAUCGCGUACUCUCGAGGACAUCUUUGACGAGGAUGUCCCCAGGCCCACCAUGAAGACUGAGUUGCCUCAACUUCAGCAACGCAUCGAGAUGACGCAGCAAUUGGUCUACUGCAACGCCUUACUCUUAAGGGAUACAUUGUCUCCACAGAAAUCUGCUACAGGAGAAGCUGCAGAGAACGGUGCUACCUUCAUUCUUCAGGAACCAGCUCUCGACAAGACCGAACUCGACUGGCUCAAGAUGACGAAGAAGGACCCAAUGGAAGCAGAUUCCUUGCGUUGGCUGGCCACAUGUGUGGUUGAGCAAUUUGUGGCCGAUGCCAACAAGGACUCCAGCAAGAUUUCCGAGAUUGUCGCUUUGGGACCCGUCUUGCAGAAGGAGCCUUACCGCAACCUGCUUUCGACCUUCAUCAAGGAGUUUGAUGAUGGUCGCAUCCUGGACGUGGAUAUGCUGCAAGGUCUUGUCCAGCUGGUUCAGUCUGCCUCUCCUGGGUACCUGGAGCCGGAUGACUUAGUCAAUAUCCUCAAAAUCGUCAGGGUCCGCCUACAAGGCACUCACCAGCAAUCCACCGAGCACUCUUAUCACCUCACUCUGGCUGUCUCCAGGGUCCUCGAUGUUAUGGCGGAGCACAAAGUGCAGGAUCUGGAUCGUGUUCUUGAGCACGAACCAUUGUCGGAUGUCCUGUCUGGAUUGAAAGGUAGCUCGGAUCUCUAUCAGCUUUACCAGGCCUGUUAUGCCUUCCAGGCUCUCCAGUAUGUACCUAACGACGAGACCGCUCUUGGAGCUGUGUUCAGACAUACAAUUGGUGUGGCGGAUGGAUUGACCAAGGUCUCGGCCGUGAUGAAGUUGGAUUUGACAUCUGCACUGGAGGGUCUUGUCAAACUACAGGAGGUGCUAGGCGAGACGGCUGAGGUUGCUGGGUCUGUGUAUGAAGGUUUUUGUUUGCUGAUGAAGGGUGGUCGAGGAGUUUUUGACAGCCUGAAGGAAGCAUUUGGAUCUGGCCGAAGGCAUCCAUGGUAUCCUGCCGUCAAGGUUGCCUAUGCUUUUGCCCAAGCUGGCCAACUAAAGGAUCUGAAGGUGUUGAUCGUUGAGUCUCCUUGCCGCCAAGACCCUUUGUUUCAGUGGGGGAUCUGCCAGCUGUUGGGCGAGAUUGCUGCUGAUCCUGCGUGGGCUGUCUCUGCACGCCAACAAUCUGUCUCUCUCCUCGGUCAUCUCUGCCAGCACGAUCAAAACUGGGGCCGGGAUAAGAGUAUCAAGGCAUGGAUGUUCACAAUCAUCACCAAGCUGCAUGCCGCCUCCGACCAAGUCGUCAGUGAGGCCGCCCAUUCUGUGCUGCAGGAUCUGACAGUGAAAAAGAGCGCCUUGAUCAAGCACCCUUAUCCACUGAGGGCCCGUCUCCCCUUGCCUUCCGCAUCGCCACUCCUUACCAAGGUCCAAAACAUCCAGUAUCUAGAGCAUGACCUGCACAAGUACCGGUUGCAUCGACUAAAGGAGGCCAAACUGUCGGUCUACAUCUCUCCUAUGGCUAUGGCCAACCUUCAAGCCCACGACGACGAACUCUUCCCUCUCAAGGAGAAAUUUCAAGAGUUCUUGACCAGUGAGCGACAGGUCAUGCUGAUCUUGGGUGACUCUGGAGCAGGCAAGUCGACCUUCAACAAGCAUCUCGAAUCCGAGCUCUUGCGCACAUACACUCGCGGUGGCCCUAUCCCAUUGUUCAUCAACUUGCCCGCCAUCGACCGACCCGACAAGGAUCUCAUUGGCGAGCAUCUGAGGACCAACAACUUCUCUGAGGCACAGAUUCAGGAGAUGAAGCAAUAUCGCCAAUUUGUCCUCAUCUGUGACGGGUACGACGAGAGCCAGCUCACCGUCAACUUGCACACAGCCAACCUCUUCAACCGGUCUGGUCAGUGGAACGUCAAGACGGUGAUCUCUUGCAGAACUCAAUUCCUAGGUCAAAACUACCGCAGCCGGUUUAUCCCCGACGGCACUGGCCACUACACUCGCCAGGCUACCGAUCUCUUCCAGGAGGCUGUGAUCGCUCCUUUCUCCAAGGAGCAGAUCGAGGACUAUGUCAAACAGUAUGUCCCCCUCGAGCCGCGGACCUGGACCACCAAGGACUACAUGGACAAGUUGACCAUCAUCCCCAAUCUCAUGGAUCUUGUAAAGAACCCCUUUCUUCUCUCACUCUCUCUGGAGGCACUGCCAGGAGUUACUGAGGGCAAGCAGGAUCUGUCGGCCAUCAAGAUCUCCCGUGUUCAGUUGUACGAUACUUUUGUGAGGCAUUGGUUGGAUGUCAACAGUCGGCGGCUUCAACGAAACGUUUUGACCAGGGAGGAUCGAGAUAUGCUGGAUCAACUAUUGGAAGCAGGAUUUAUUCCGAUGGGCAUCGACUACUCCACCAGACUGGCGUCGGCGAUCUUUGAGCACCAAGACGGAAACCCGGUGGUCCAAUACAUCCACAUCAAGGAUGAGAAGUCAUGGAGAGCCAAGUUCUUUGGCCCUGAUUCUAAGACCCGACUUAUGCGAGUUUCGUCACCACUGAACCGUAAAGGCAGCCAGUUCCGAUUCCUUCAUCGAUCAAUGCUCGAAUACUUUCUUUCUCUCGCUGUCUUUGAUCCCAGCAGUCACAACGACCACGAAUUUGCUAUGCAUUCCGGUACUGGUUCCACUGACGCUGCUUUGUCCAACGCCGAAAGUCUCUUGUUCAAGCGCAGCCUCCUCACCGAGCCAAUGGUCAUCCAGUUCCUAUGCGAGCGAGUCAAGCAGCACUCUGAUUUCAAGAAACAGCUCCUAGCCAUCAUCGAACAGUCCAAGACUGAUGUUAAUGCUGCCACCGCUGCUGCCAACUCCAUCACCAUCCUUGUCCGAGCCAGGGUCCUUUUCAACAGCGCCAAUCUUCGAUGCAUCAGGAUCGCGGGAGCAGAUCUUUCUGACGGUCAAUUUGAUUCCGCGCAGCUGCAGGGAGCCGAUCUGAGAGGGGUCAACUUUGCAAGGACUUGGCUGAGGCAGGCUGAUUUCGGCAAUGCACAGAUGGAUGGCGUUCGGUUUGGAGAGCUGCCAUAUUUAGAGGUGGAGGCCUCAGUCAAUACCAUCGCCUUCUCCCCUGAUGGGAAAAUUUUUGCUGCCGCUCUGCGUCACGGAAGGCUUAUUACUUACGACACUACAGCAUGGACCCGAGUUCAUCAACACAAAGGACAGAGUUUGGUGUUGAGUAUCGCCUUUUCACCUAACAACCAAUACCUUGCAUUUGGGAGCGAAGACAAGACCUGUCGAUUAUGGGAUACUGCCAGUGGCGAGACUUCGCUGGUCAUGGAGGGGCAUAAAGGUGGUGUGAAUUCUGUGGCAUUUUCACCCUGUGGCAAGCAGAUCGCGUCGUCCAGCAGCGACAGCACGAUUCGAUUGUGGAACUCGGAGACAGGAGAGUGUUUGUUUGUCUUGAGCGGUCAUCGAGCGCCCAUUUUGAGUGCUGCAUAUUCAUCUGAUGGACUGAAACUUGUGUCGGGCAGCAACGAUAGGACGAUUCGAGUGUGGGAUCCGAAGACAGGAACACCAGAGGCUGACUGGGUGAUACCCCGUAUUGAUGGUCCACGCGUGGCCCUUUCUGCAGAUGGAAGGCGGUUCGCCGUUGUGACUGGUUCGAAGCGUCCCAAGAUUCAACUCAUGGAUACAAACACCGGAGAGAAGGGUCUGGUUCUUGAUGAUGAUGCCGAGCGGCUAACGGAUAUUGCAUUCUCUCCGAUUGGCGAGUUGAUCGUCUCGUCAAGCGGGUCAAGCGGGGACAAGACCGUUCGACUGUGGGACUCAUCGAAUGGACAACUCAUCUCCAGGUUGUUGGGCCAUAGCGACCAGAUUACCGCCUGCACCUUUUCCCCCGACGGCCUACAAAUUGCGUCAGGAGAUCUGGACGGGAUUAUACGACUCUGGGAGGUGAACAUCAACUUGUCAAGCUCCUUCACACAGAAACGUGCCGCCAAGGUUCGAACUGUGGCAUACUCUCAUGAUGGUCUGUUUAUUACCUCUUAUCAUGACGACAACACCAUUCAACGCUGGGACUCUUCCACAGGAGCUUCUGGACCCAUUCUGUCAUCGUUUACAUACGGUGUCAUCUCGGUCUCGAUUUCACCUAACGACAAUUGGUUUACGAGCAGUUACGGGAGCAGGAAUGUUCGGCUGUCGAAUGCUCAAACCCAUGCUGUUGAGCGCGUUCUUCUCGGAUCUUCCUCCUACCAAGUUGGUAAUAUGAGGUUUUCUCCCUAUAGCCGGUGGUUUGUCGAGUCUGUACAAUUGUUGGAUCUUGAGAGUACCGAUGAGCAAGGCAAAGAGGUGGAUGAGACGGCCGAUGAGCAAGGCAAAGAUGUGGAUGACACGGCCGAUGAGCAAGGCAAAGAUGUGGAUGACACGGCCGAUGAGCAAGGCAAAGAUGUGGAUGACACGGCCGAUGAGCAAGGCAAAGAGGAGGAUGAGACGGCCGAUGAGUGCAGGCUGACAGGUUCUGUGGUUUUCUCUCCCAACGGCGACCAGAUUGCAGUUGAAUUUCUAUCGAGCCCAUCGAGACUUCGUCUAUUCGGUUCCGGAGUGACAGGCCUUCGCCAACCUUUGAAGGAAGUGUGUUUAUCAGACAGGCUACGCUCAAUGGACUACUCACCAGAUGGCCAGCGACUCGUACUUGGUACUGGUGCAUACUCGGCCCUGCUCUGGGACCUUCAGUCGGACGAGCCUGAUGUCAAACUGGAAGGUCACACUGGCGCGGUGUACAGCGUCGCCUACUCUCCUUGUGGCAAGUGGAUCCUUUCCGGCAGCGAAGACAAGACGGCCCGACUCUGGUCAGGCGAGGACGACAGUUGGUCCUGUGUUGCUGUUGCCAAUGGAUGUUCAGAGGCCGUGAAAAGUGUUGCAUGGAAUCCGGUGAUGCCGAUGGAAUUUGUCACUGGUUCCGAUGAUGGGUCUGUUCGAGUGUGGCGUAUUUCGAGUGUCGAGGCGGGAGACGUGUCGAUUUGUAUGCACUGGGGCUCUCACAUUGGGCGGUUGUGCGCCGCUGAUCUGACUUUCAAGGGAGCGGUAGGUCUCAGUUCGUUCUCCCACAAGUUGUUGAUCCAGCGUGGUGCUGUUGACGAUUCAUUGUCUUCGGAGGGAGCCAAUGGAUCGAACGAGGAAGAGAUAGAAGUGGCUGUUGCUUGA